AUGAUGCAAAGCUCUGCGCUCGCUGCCGAAGGGGCUGUCAAGGGGCUUCCUGAGAUCCUCGGUGUGCCGGUGCAACAGAUCCCCCAGUGCGCCGGCUGCAACCAGCACAUCCUGGACAAGUUCAUCCUCAAGGUCCUGGACCGGCACUGGCACAGCUCCUGCCUCAAGUGCGCCGACUGCCAGAUGCAGCUGGCCGAGCGCUGCUUCUCCCGGGCCGGCAGCGUCUACUGCAAGGAGGAUUUCUUCAAGCGUUUCGGGACCAAAUGCACGGCGUGCCAGCAGGGCAUCCCCCCGACCCAGGUGGUCCGCAAAGCUCAGGACUUCGUGUACCACCUGCACUGCUUCGCCUGCAUCAUCUGCAGCCGGCAGCUGGCCACGGGCGACGAGUUCUACCUGAUGGAGGACGGGCGGCUGGUCUGCAAGGAGGACUACGAGACUGCCAAGCAGAACGAUGACUCCGAGGCGGGCGCGAAGCGGCCCCGGACCACGAUCACGGCCAAGCAGCUGGAAACGCUGAAGAACGCCUACAAAAACUCCCCCAAGCCCGCCCGCCACGUGCGGGAGCAGCUCUCCUCCGAGACGGGGCUUGACAUGAGGGUCGUGCAGGUGUGGUUCCAGAACCGGCGGGCCAAGGAGAAGCGGCUGAAGAAGGACGCGGGGCGGCAUCGCUGGGGGCAGUUCUACAAGAGCGUGAAGCGGAGCCGCGGGGGAGGGAAGCUGGAGAAGGAGAGCUCGGCCGAGGAGUGCGGCGUCAGCGACAGCGAGCUCAGCUUCCGCGAAGAGCAGAUCCUCUCCGAGCUCGGCCACAACAACAACAACAGGGUUUACGGCUCCGUGGGGGACGUGGCGGGCGGACAGUUGCUGAACGGCGGCUUCUCGGUGGAGGGCACGGGCCAGACGUACCAGGACUUGCGGGACGGCAGUCCAUACGGCCUCCCGCAGUCGCCGUCCUCCAUCUCGUCCCUGCCGGCCCACCCGCCCUUGCUCAACGGGCUGGACUACGCCAUGGACGGCAGCCUGGGGCUGGUGGCCCACGGGGCGCAGGGGGUGAGUCCGGCGCUGCGGGCCAUGGCCGGGGGGGGCCCCACCUCCGACAUCUCCACGGGCAGCAGCGUGGGGUACCCAGACUUUCCCACCAGCCCGGCCUCCUGGCUGGACGACAUGGAUCACCCCCCUUUCUAAGCGCUGCUCGCCCCCCGCGCUCCCCCCGGCCCGCAGCGCAGCGGCGGCUGAGCCUUCCCGGAGAUCCCACGGGAAUGGGCCCCGGAGGGCUGCAGGGAGGGGGGACAGCGCCGGGGUGGCCGUGCCCGGGCGGGGGCACGGAUGCCUUUGGCUGUAAGCACAAGAGCGGCGGCGCACGGUGAGGACCCACCCGGCGUGGCGGGGCCGGCGGGAGGGAAGGAAGAACAAUCAGGGGUGGCAGAGCCCGUCCCGGCACCCCCGCCACCACCCCCUGCCCAGCACCGCUGCUAUUCUCAAGAGUUAUUUUUCCAUAUGGUGUUAAAACGCAGCUGGGCGCUGCCCGGAGCCUCCGCAGAAAGAGAAGUCUAUAUUGUAGAAGGGUUUAUUUUGCCGGGGACACGUCCGGGCAGGGCCAUUGCCCCGCUGCCCAGGGGCCAUCCUGCCUGCUCCUGGCCGUGAUUUAUCCCUGGGCACGCAGGAGCGUCGCUGCUUUGUACCACGGGCACGCCAGGGGAAGGAAUUGUAAAAAAUUGUCUCCAGCCCGGGAUGCCCACCGGCCAAGCUGUGCCACGGCAGGGCCAGCCGGGGUGCCUGGGGCUGGCACCUGCAGAGCAGCCACUGGACGGGUGCGUGAGAGAGGUGGGCAACGUUUGCCCUGAGGGCAUUGCAAAAUAAUUCCUCCCACAUAGGGGAGCAGGAAUUUCGUCAGCUGCAAAAGCACCUGCGCGGUGGGAAGGGGAGGGGAUUGGGGUGUGAGGUGCUCCUGGUAUGGGUUAGCCUCCCUCCAGCCGCGGGUCUGAUGGUACCAAAGGGUGAGUGCAGGCAGCCAGGAAGGAUCCCGGCGGCUUUGGCACGUCCCACAAGCCCCACGGGGUCUGCUCCUGGCCAGGCUCACUCAGCACUAGCCCCUGCUCAAAACCCACAUGCCCAUCUCCUCCAGCACAGCCACAGCCCUACCCUCAGACCUUCAGCCCCAUGGAUAAGAUCCAGCUCCACACUCUCUGCCCAGGGUGCCCAGCUCUGCCCCAGCCCCACAGGGAUGCCCUGGCCAUGGGGUCCCUGCCAUCCUCUCUGUCUCUGGGGUGAUGCUGAUACUCCCAGGCUGCCCUUCAAGGGAGGGCUGGGAGUGGAUCCACUUGGUCAGCUCCUUCUGGAGGUGUGGAGGCUCCAGAAGCAGAGGGAAAAAAAAAAAAGAAUUAAAAAAAAGAAAAAAAAAAAAAGCCACAUGAGAAAGCACAUCACUGGUCUGUCCUUGUCCUUCCUUGCCCCCCCAGCUGGGUGCCUUGGUGCUGCAGGAGCUGCCCCAGCUGCAUCCACGUGCCUCCCCCUCCCCAGCCUCGGGUGCUGCUUGGUGCCAAGCUCCUGGCCUUGCUGGCCCUGGUGGAGAGGGGGACAGGGCAGAGCUGUGCCUGCUGCUCCCCAUCCCCCUUUGACAAGGCCAAAUGCCUCCUCCCCUCGCUGUGUAAAUUUUGUACAGUUCCAGAAAGUAAGAGUCUUGUUUCCUGGGGGAAUAAAAAGGAAAAAAAAUAAAACCCAAGAAAAAGAAUAAUAAUAAAAAAUUUUAAAGAAUAAAACCUUAUUUAUUGCCAUGUCUUGGGGAGAAAUGACCUCCCCAAAUUGCCCCCGGAUUCGAGCCCAGGGCGUUGCUUUUGUACCCUGCCUCUAGUGUGUUGGCAUGAGAUGUGUACAGUCACCCCCUCGCCGUGAGGGAAAGCGAUGGCAAAUAAACUCGGGAUGCUUUUUAGCAGCUGCUGUCUUUGGGAUUUUCUUCCUUUGGGAGGGCAGUACCCACCACUGGCACUGCCUGCUCUGGCACCGUUGGCUGUUUGGGGUCAGGGUUGCCGGGGUCGUGUCUGGAUGGUGGCACUGACAUCCCUGGGUGAUGGAACAAGUGGCACUGGUCAUCGUGCCCUGGCUUUUUGCUGGCACAGAGAGGGUUUGGGUGGGAAUCUCCAUGGCUGCCCAAGGUGGCACAGCUUUCCUGCCACCACGCAGCAGUGACAGGGGGUGCCUGGCCGUGCCACCACAGUGCUUGGUGGGCACAGGUGAGAUGGAAGGGCCAUGCCAGGCAGGAGGGGCAGAGGGGUACACGCCCCUCUGUGGGCACCGGUGUGUUGGCUUUCUAUAUUUUAAUCAUUUUAACAUUUAAUGCUUCUCAAUUAAAGUGAUUUCCUGGAGUAGAUGCCAAGCUUAGGGUGAAUGCACAUUAACCACUUUCUGUAUCGGUAGUUAAAGGCACCAAGGGAUUUAACAGCAAUCUGCAAGGCUGCUGGGGAAAGGUUUGGCUGAAUAAAGCAGAUUAUAAACAAUAA